AAACCCGGUGUGAUUUUUGUUUCUUUACAAUUGUCUCUCUCAUGCUUCACCUUCCAUUGAUGCCGUAGCUAUCUAGCAGCAACCUUUCAACUCCCAAUUCCUCCUUCCUCCUGUUUUUUUUUUCCAUGUAGAUAUAAUGGAAGUAAAUCUUGAACUAAUACCAGCUAAUUAAAAGCCAUAGUCCAUAAUUUGAGCUGCCAAGUCUGUUUCUUUUUGUACAUGCUGAAGCUUUUUUUAGAGAGAGAGAGAGAGAGGGAGAGAGAGAGAGGGGUCUCAGUUGGAUUUUUGUUGACUCUUCAGCUUGAAAAGGGGAACUGGGUUUUCUUAAUUCGUCGAAACAACGUGUGUCUUUCUGUUUUCUGGGAGAUUUUGGAACUGUGUUUUCUCAAAUUUGUCGAAAUAAAGUGUGUCUGCUCUGUUGUCUUGGAGAUUCUUGUUCCUGGGAUUUUAAGGUGAAAACGGCCUUAGUUAUUAGUGUUGUUUACAAGUGCAAAGUAAUGAUAUCAGCAAAGACGAGCUUUGCAUGGGGGAUACCAGAGCCAUACUGAAGACAUGUGGUCCACCUGCAUUCAGAUGAAAUGAAGAACUUACAGAGCACGCAAGAAAAUCAAUCAUCAACUCAAGUUUUACAUGAUUCACAAGGUGACCAAGUGAAAAACCAAAGUAAUAAGCCUCCUGCAACAGAUUCAGCUUCAAUAUCUAAUUCAGGCAAUGAUAACAAGAAAGUAUCACGCCAAGAUAUUGAACUUGUCCAGAAUCUUAUAGAGCGGUGUUUACAAUUAUAUAUGAAUAGAGAUGAGGUAGUUAAAACCCUCUUGACUCAUGCAAGGAUAGAUCCUGGAUUUACAACUUUGGUAUGGCAGAAGUUGGAAGAAGAAAAUGCCGACUUUUUCAGGGCCUAUUACAUAAGGCUAAAAUUGAAAAAACAAAUCCUCCUUUUCAAUCAUUUGCUGGAACAUCACUAUCAUCUCUCGAAGUAUAAUCUCAUGCCUCUGAAGGUUCCUUUGGCCCCCAUACAAAAUGGGAUCCAUCCCAUGCCUGUUAACAACUUACCUAUGGGAUACCCCGUCCUUCAGCAACCUCCGAUGCCAGCAGCAGGUCAACCCCAUCUCGAUUCCAUGGGAUGUGCAAUAUCCAACUGUCAUGUAGUUAAUGGGGUACCUGCACCUAGCAGCUUUCAUCCCAUGCAGAUGAGUUCUGGGAAUGAUAUUAUGAUGGACUGCAGUGGUGCUGAUGUGGUUCCUGUCAUUCCACCAAACAGUGCCAUGUCAUCCAUGUCGGAGAUGCCUGUAAGUCCUACAUCAGUUGCAUCGAGUGGUCACUUCCCGUUCUCUGCUUCAGAAAUAUCUGGAAUGGGAGUAGACACGUCACUUGAUACACCAUUUACAUCUGACGUGGCAAGUUCUGUCGGAUUGCAACUUGCACCUGAUUGUGGAGCUGGAAAUUCUCGGGAUUCUCUCAGAUCACUGGACCAAAUUCCAAUUCCGUGGAAUCUCAGUUUAUCAGAUCUUACAGCAGAUUUAUCAAACUUGGGAGAUUUAGGAGCCUUAGGAAACUACCCCGGUUCACCCUUUCUGCCGUCUGAUUCUGAAAUUUUACUCGAUUCUCCAGAGCAAGAGGAUAUAGUGGAGGAGUUCUUUGUUGAUUCUGUACCCGGACCGCCAUGCUCUCAGUCAGAUGAGGAGAAACCCUAGACAAAGGUGAGGAAAGUCCCCUUUUUUCACUUUAAAUUGUUAGGGAAGGACAAUAAAUUUAGUAGGCAUUUCAGGAUUUUAUCGUUAACAGAACUGAAUAUUUCUGGUUAGCUAGUUUGAUCUGUAUUAGCAGACGGAUAGGAAACUUGUUACAUCACUAGCUAGUCUAGCAUUGUAAUUUUCUUUUACUCGAAAAACUUAAUUAUCCGAGAACGUUCAGUACUGUAAUUUGGAUAAACCGGCAUGAUCAUCGCCAUUUUUAGUCGUAAUCAUCUGCCUCUUCCCCAGUUCUGCA